AUGUCGUCCUUCUUCACCCUACCGGCCUCGCAGAAAAAGCGGAAGCGGGCGCAAGAUGAUUCUGCUCCACGUGCGAAGGGCAAAAGUGCACCGAAGGCCAGGGCGACUCGCGACGAAUCCAUUUCUGGCAGCGAUGUGUCCGACGAUGAAGGCCCAGUUCGUGGAGGCGACGUAGAAGUGGAAAGCUCCGACGACGAGGAAGAGUUCUUUCAUGAGGACCCCAAUGACAAGCGAAUACGACUGGCGGAGCAGUACCUCAAGAACACGCGAAAGGAAGUGGAGGAGGAAGUGGGAUUCGAUGCGAAAGAUGUCGACGAGGAGAAUCUGCGGCGGCGCAUGGGCGAUCGGCUGAAGGAGGAUACAGCAGAGACCCGAGGGAAGCUGUACCGAUGGAUUGCACAGGAGUUCGACUGGAGCAAGGCAGAAAGAGGACAGGCCAGGCAUCAUCAGAAAACUGUUACAGGCGUGGCAAUAUCUGGAGAGCAUGCAUACACAGUUGGCAAAGAUGCGGUGCUGGUCAAGUGGCGUCUCCCUUCAUCAGACAGAUCGCUGAACAAGUUUGGAGAAGUGCCCAGCAGGAAACCUCAGAAAGUAUUGGCUUCGACGAAGUUUGGCAAAAACACAAAUAGCACGGAUGCGGAACACCACACCAUGGCGAUACUAUGCGUCGCAGCUUCGCAGGAUGGCAAGUUUGUGGCGACAGGAGGAGCCGACAAGAAGCUGAUAGUCUGGGAUGCUGCCACUUUGAAACCUCUGAGAGUGUUCCCAUCGCCUGGCCAGAGAGGCCACAGAGACGCUAUCAUCGGUCUUUCGUUCCGAAGAGGCACCAACCAGCUGUACAGCGCGAGUAAAGACCGGACGAUCAACACGUAUUCUCUGGAUGAGUUAUCCUAUGUCGAGACGCUGUUUGGACACCAAGACGGAGUGGUGGAUGUUAGUGCAUUGGCGACUGAGACAUGUGUGACUGUUGGCGCAAGAGACAGGACUGCAAGGUUUUGGAAGAUCGUCGAAGAGAGCCAACUAGUCUUUCGCGGAGGUGGAGCGCCCAAAAGGGAUCGAUAUGCGAAGUCGAACGACAGCGGUAUCGAUAUGGCGGAAGAAGAGCCACCCCAUGAAGGUUCUACAGAUCGAGUGGCUUGCAUCGACAAUGAGACAUUCGUCACAGGGUCUGAUAACGGCUCCAUAUCACUCUGGAACAUCAACAAGAAGAAAGCAGUGCAUGUGUAUGCUCUCGCACAUGGCAUGGACCCGCCUCUACCACUGGAAGAAGUCAGCGCGGAAGUCGACCCACCAGAAGAAGCGCGGACCAAGCCACAACCUAGAUGGAUCACGGCAUUACGAGCAAUACCUUACUCUGACACGUUCGUCAGCGGCAGCUGGGACGGAUAUUUACGAGUGUGGAAGAUCAGCACCGACAAGCGACGCAUCGAAGCAGUGGGACGCAUAGGAUCGACAGAUCUGUCAGUGGAAGAGCUACUCAGACAGGAAGAACUCGAUUCCGCAGCACUCUCCAACGAUGCGCUCAAUGCCAUGAUCGACGGCAGCGAGAAGCACAGUCGCAUCAACGGCAUCAUCAACGACCUUGCAAUUGCCGAUCGAGGCGAGCGAGCCAAGGACGGCGUGGUCGUCGUCGCGGCAGUCGGCAAAGAACCACGUCUCGGCCGCUGGCGCGAAAUGAAAGACGCCACGAACUGCGUGGCUCUCUUCGACAUUCCCCGAAAAGUCCUCGACGGCGAAACUUCCAGCGAUACCCUCGACGUCCUUCCCAAUGGCGGUCAUGAUGACUUUGCAGGCUUCGACUAG